CGCAGAAAACGACAAGUUGGGCAUCCGAUAGUAGAGGCGAUGGGAUAGUCGUUGAAAUGUUGUACAGUGGCAUCAGGCUCCCAGUUCCUCGUCCUCUGCUUACCACGAAGGGGGAGACCUCUCCCCCAAACCCAAUCCAAUCCAAUAGCAAACACAAGCGCUUUCAGAUUCACUCAUAAAUGGCAGGAAUCGGGUUGGGGCUGGACUUCCUGUCAAAGAAGCCAUACACACCACCUCCUUGGGCAUCCAGCAUCACCCCCAUCCCCUCUCACACCUUCUCUCUCGGUCACCUUCCCACUCCAAUUCACAAAUGGAAUCUCCCCAACUUGCCCGACAACACUGAGGUCUGGUUGAAGCGUGAUGAUCUGUCGGGGAUGCAGCUCAGCGGCAACAAAGUCCGGAAAUUGGAAUUUCUGAUGGCAGAUGCCGUCGAAAAGGGUGCUGAUUGUAUCAUAACUAUAGGCGGCAUCCAAAGCAACCACUGCCGUGCAACUGCUGUGGCUGCCAAGUAUCUCAAUCUUGACUCCUAUCUCAUUUUACGUACCUCUAAGGUUCUCGUGGACCAAGAUCCUGGUCUCACCGGGAACCUUCUGGUUGAGCGUUUAGUUGGAGCUCAUAUUGAACUGAUUUCGAAAGAAGAGUACGCCAAAAUUGGGAGUGUGGCUCUCACUAAUACCCUAAAGGAAAGGCUGAUAAAAGAAGGAAGAAGACCAUAUGUCAUUCCUGUUGGUGGAUCAGACUCUCUUGGAACCUGGGGAUAUAUUGAAGCUAUUCGAGAGAUUGAGCAGCAGCUUCACGGUGCGAAUGGCAAACUAAAAUUUGAUGAUAUUGUUGUAGCAACUGGAAGUGGGGGUACAAUCGCUGGUUUGUCAUUGGGGUCUUCGCUGAGUUCGUUGAAGGCAAAAGUUCAUGCAUUCUCUGUCUGCGAUGACCCUGAUUACUUCUACGACUUUGUUCAAGGCCUACUUGAUGGACUUGAAGCAGGCGUUGAUUCACGUCAUAUUGUUAACAUUCAAAAUGCCAAGGGUCUAGGCUAUGCAAUCAGCACUGCUGAGGAGCUUAAUUUUGUGAAGGAGAUUGCCGCAACCACUGGUGUUAUUUUGGAUCCAGUUUACAGUGGUAAAGCUGUUUAUGGGUUGGUGAAGGACAUUGCCCAGAAUCCAAAGAAGUGGGAAGGAAGAAAGAUCCUCUUCAUACACACAGGUGGGCUGCUUGGGUUGUUUGACAAGGUUGAGCAGAUUGCUCCAUCAUUGGGAAAAUACAGUCGGAUGGAUGUCUGCGAAUCUGUUCCGCGGAAGCAUGGUAUCGGCAAAAUGUUCUAGUCUUUACUCUCUUAUGAGAGUAAUGGAGAUUAAAUUAAAUCUCCAAUCAAAGUCCAUAGUCCAUACUGCUAUGAAUAUGAUUCUCAUGUUGGUAAAUAAGAGUAAUAGGGUGAGAGCUUCGGUUGUAUUGUUUGUCAAAAGAGCGGACAGUAGUAUUAUGAACUAGAAUGAAACAUCAGUCAUCAUCAGCCGCAUCAUUUGUAAUUCUAUAAUAUCUGAUCCUUAUCUUGAAAGAUUCUAAAUUUCUAAGAACCCUCUAUUAUA